AUGUCCUCAGUGGUGAGGAGGGUUGGGCUCCGGUGUAAACUGAUAGACGACACCCGGCAACUCUUCAAUAUUUCAAAUCAACAGAAGCGACAGCGUUAUGUAAUGAAAGAUGGCAAAUGCCAGGUGAAUCUUGGUUACAUUGAAGAAAAGCAAAGAUUCCUGUUCGACAUUUUCACUACAAUAGUGGACCUGAAGUAUCGGUGGUUUCUCUUUGUAUUCAUGAUGUGUUAUCUUGUGACUUGGGUGAGCUUUGGAAUUUUCUACUUCUUGGAUGCUUACUUUAGAGAUGACAUCAACCAUGUGGGGGAUGUUGACUGGAAACCUUGCUUAGAUAACGUGGAUGGUUUCAUCUCUGCCUUACUGUUAUCUAUUGAAAGUCAAAGGACAAUUGGUUAUGGCUCCCGCAUGGUGACUUCAAAUUGUACAGAAGGGGUCAUUUUACUCAUAGCUCAGUGCAUUGUUGGUUCCAUGAUUGAUGCCAUGAUGGUGGGCUGUGUGUUUGUGAAGAUCUCACGGCCCAAGAAGCGAGCCGAGACUCUGAAGUUCAGCAAAUAUGCCGUGGUAUCACCCAGGGAUGAAACCUUUUGCUUGAUGUUUAGAGUUGGCGACCUAAGGGAUAGUCACAUGGUUGAUGCAAAGCUAAGAGCCAAGCUCAUCAAAUCUAGGCAAACAAAAGAAGGGGAAUUCAUACCUCUGGAGCAGACGGAAAUUAACCUUGGCUACGACACAGGGAAAGACCGACUCUUCCUGGUGGAACCACAGACCAUAAGCCACGUUAUUAAUGACAGCAGUCCUUUCUGGGAAAUGUCUGCUGACUCCUUGAAGAGAGAACAAUUUGAAAUUAUUGUAAUCCUGGAAGGCAUUGUUGAAUCUACAGGAAUGACCUGCCAAGCAAGGACAUCCUACAAGGAAGAUGAGAUUCUUUGGGGUCAUCGUUUUGAGUCUUGCAUCUCCUUGGAGAAAGGUGCGUUCCGGGUUGACUAUAACAAAUUCGACAAGACAUUCGAGGUCCAGAUGCCACCAUGCAGUGCAAAGGAUGUACAGGAGGCUAACUCCAUACCCACCCCGCGUGGCUGA